AUGCCAGACUACCUGUACAGACUGGAGCAUCCCAACUACAACGGCGCCAUCCUCACCCACCACGUCAACCCAGCAAUGUUAAAGUUGUCAACAAACAUCAAAACUACGACAUCAUGCAGGGGACUGGAGACCUGUUCACCAGCUGUGCACGCGAGUGAGCAUUCAGAGCGAGCCGAGGCGCUGCACAAACAGAGCAUCAGACUCGGGAUUCUAUAUGCCACCAAGCCGGCUGUUUCACUCGUCAUAUCCCCGGUGGUUGGAUUAUUGGCUGACAGACUUGGUUACAAUAUACCACUGUACCUAGGCAUACUUGUCGUCUUCGCAUCAACUAUUGCAUUUGCCUUCAGCAGAUCCUACCCUGCUCUCAUCAUAUCACGAGUGAUUCAGGGUGUCGGAGCUCCUUUAUCCACAGUAGCAGCAUUAGUUAUGGUGUCAGCAGCAUUCAGAGACAAUGCAGAGAGGGCAAAGAACGUGGGUAUCGUGCAAACAGGAAUGACGUUUGGUAUCAUUGUCGGUCCUAUUAUCGGCGGAGUGAUGUACCAGUUCUUCGGGUACAGCAGUCCAUUCCUGCUGGUUGCUGGUAUGACCAUAGUGGACGGAUUUAUGCGUUUGUUGCUGCCGAAAGAAGACGCGUCUUCGAAUGGAGACGACAGAGACUAUUCGUACUUUAAUUUCGCCAAGGACAAAUAUUUUAUGUUAACUACAGUGUUGAUUUUUAUGCAAACCGUCACGACGCUGAUACUCUGGGGAAUCGCUCCAGUGUGGAUGAUGAUCACAAUGAACGCUCAGCCAUGGCAGCAAGGACUGGGGUUGCUGCCCUAUUGCGUAGGGUUCCUGGUGGGAGCUUUCACAGCAUCAAAGCUCGUGAACAAGACAGGAUGGUAAGAUGAGCUAUAUUGUA